GGGAGAGGACUCUGAAAGGGUGGAGACAUACGCAUCUCUUCAAACAGCCGAACUGAAGGAGACAGACGCGCAGAUCCACCAGCUUUUGGGCACUUACUAAAACAGUAUCUCAGGAGACUGAGAAAGCAUCGGCAAACUGACUGAAAAGCAAAGCAGAUGACAACAGGGGGAUAACUGACAGCCGAGGGAAGCUUUUACAACUUUAAACGGUUGUGAUAUGAAGUAGAGCGCUGCGUAAAAGCUUGCGUAAUCGUGCGCAGACCAGACGACAACUUUUCACAGUCAUUUCUUUUUUAAGCAAAAAGUUUUUUUUUUUUUAAGAUGAACACCUCGGAUAUUCUUUGCGAUUCCGAAUUUGCGAAUUCGUCAAACUUUUCGUGUGUGAACCGAACCGUUCCUUCGUACAGCAUCAUUGACAUCGCGUCUUUCAUGCACAUCUUCCCCACUAUCUACGGCAUUUUGUGUUCAGUUGGAGUUCUGGCCAACGGUCUGGUGAUCUAUGCUGUGGCAUCAUGCAAGAAGAAGAUGGUCUCUGAUAUUUACGUGCUUAAUCUGGCCAUCGCAGACCUGCUUUUCCUGUUGGUGAUGCCGUUCAACAUCCAUCAGCUGGUCCGGGACAGACAGUGGGUCUUUGGCCACUUCAUGUGUAAAGCUGUGGUGGUGGUGGAUGUCAGUAACCAGUUUACCACAGUGGGCAUUGUGACAGUGCUCUGCAUUGACAGGUACAUUGCAAUCGUUCACCCCACAUCUGAAAAGAGGACCAUUCAGUGGACCAUCAUCAUUAACAUUUUGGUGUGGUUGGGCAGCUUCCUUCUGAGCAUCCCGGUCAUGAUAUAUGCUAAAGUCAUCUCCAAAAAGAACAUGAACAUUUGUAUGAUUAACCUGGAUGGGCCUCAGGAUAUGUACUGGUACACACUCUACCAGUCCAUGCUGGGGUUCAUCGUCCCCCUCAUUAUAAUAAGCACAUUUUACACUCUCACUCUGUACCACGUGUUCCGCUCCAUCCGGCGGGUCAAACGCAAGCAGUCAGUGUGGGCCAAGCGGGCCACUAAGACAGUUGUGAUGGUGAUCGCCCUGUUCUUGGUCUGCUGGUCUCCCUAUCAUGUCAUCCAGGUGAUCAACCUCAGCAUCCAGCAGCCCACCAGUGCUUUUGUCUACGCGUACAACAUCAGCAUCUGCCUGAGUUACUCUCACAGCUGCAUCAACCCUCUAAUGCUGCUGUUGUUCGCCCAAAACUACCGCGAUCGCAUCUGCCAUCACAAAGAGCUACGCUCCCAAAUCAGCUCGUCCAAGACCACCGUCAAAACCGACGGAGGGUCUGGCAUGAGCCCGGACACCAGCCACCGCUGUACCGUUAUCUAGCGCCCGUCAAGCCUCGUUGGACAUGCUAACUGAGGAAAUGAAGCAAAAAUGUAAGGCCUGCACUGCAACACUUGCUGCACGGGUGUCAAUCGCAUGGUAGCUUGUUUCUCAAAGGGGAUAACUGUGAAAUGAAAUGCCACAGUGAACUUUCAGGAGGCAGCAAGGAUUGAAUCAGCACUCGACUGUGGUUAUGGUUUGUGUCACUAUAAAAAAGUCAUUAUAAUGUUUUCAAUGUUUACUGUUAAUUUAUCUGUUAUUCUUUGUAUACUGUUACGGAGUGUCUAUUUACACUAGGUGCAAAUAGCACACAUUGUUGACAGAGGUUAUUAUGCUAACUCCGCCCACCAAUGUGUGAUUGGGAUAGUCAACAAUACAAAAGAUGGCUAGCUAGCAACAAGCUCCAGUGGCAUAGACUUUUGACGUGAAUGUUUGGAUCUGCCUUUUAUCAACCUCUUUCUUCUCCCUUUUUAAUUUUCAUAUUACAUCUGAAAGGCAUUUUUUAAUAUAUAAAAAUGAAGGAAAUAAUCGAAAAGUUGAAUAUAAAGUAUCAAUUAGGGGUAGAGUUAGUGUAGGGAGGGCUUUAUUGGUGGAAUCCAUCGAAUCAUUUGAAUUACAAUUAUAAUUUACACUCAAUAUGUUAUUAUUGCGUACUGUUUUAUAAUGUGAAAUAAUAAAAUACUGCAGAUAAUUGCCACUAUUGUCAAUAAGUAGUAUAAAUAGCAGAAAAUCUCGCUUUUUCUAUAUAGUGUAUAUAGAAUCUAUCGCUAUUUGCACUGUGUAAUAGAAAAUAUGGUAUUUUCAGUUAUUGUAAAUAUCAUCUAGUUGCUAUUUAGGUACACUUAUCACUAUUUACACUUAGUGCAAAUAGCCGCUGCCAUACUGUUAAUGUAUCUGUUGUUUUGAAUGUUUCAAGUUCUGUCAUCAUUUACAAACUGUUAGGUUGUUCUGUCUCUUUUUUAUUUUUUGGAAAUUGUUGAAAGGUUGAAAUUUUCAGGCAAUUACGGUGAAUACAGACUGAGGCUUUCAAGCUUCACGGAGACAAAAAAUAUAAGUAUAUAAAAAGAAUAGUAGUGUAGCUACUGAUGGAUAUUUGAAGUCUUGAAGUCAUUCAAUAUUUUUUGUCCUUUGUGUGAGGAACAGGCUAUACUUCAAAUGUUUGACACUGAUAUUAUUUCCUUUUAGUGAGAUGUUUUCCACUAUAAGCAGAUCAUUUAAUUUGUGAACUGGAUUAGUUAAAGUUUGUAAAUGAAUUUUUCAGAUUGGUUAAGUGAAUGAAUCUACUGAUUCAGCUAAAUGAAUUCGAAUUAUCCAUGCACACAAUAUAUAUUUAUUUUAUUUUUGGGGUAAACUAUAGCUUUAGAACCUCAGAAUAAAGGGCCUGAGUCAUACGCACCAUUUUGGGAAACUAUUAUAUUUCUUGAAGUAUUAAAGCUUCGGUGCUUGUUCGUUGAAAAAAAACUUUUUUUUUCUGCAAAAUGAAAAACUGUGCCUUUUGUGUUCCACAUGAGAAAGAAUUUCAAACAGGUUCAGAAUGACAGCAGGGUGAGUAAAUGAUGACAGCAUUUCCAUUGCUUAUUCUUAUUAAGGACAGAUAAUUGUCAGGAUUUUGUGAUACAGUAUUGGCGGCUUUUGUUUGUAUUCUUAGGGAAUGAUAAACCAAACCAGAAUUGUCUUUUAUGCAGAAGGCUAUAUAUAAUGUCUUUGUAAUAUGAAAUAAAAUAAAAAUAGUGUUUUUGUGGGUAUGUGCUGUGUUGAAGAAAUUCAUUAGUAUGUAAAUUAAGCAUUAUGCUUAAUCAAAUACACAGGCGUAACUAAUCAUAAAUAUGACAUUCUGUGGCAUUUAAAACUGUACUCUGAUAAAUGUGUAAAACUAUUUUGCAAAAUAUAUUAAAUAUUGAAAUGUGUUGGUUUUAAAUGUCUCCAGAUGUGGAUCCUUUGACAUCAGGCUGUCAUGCACGUCUGUUUAAUCUUGACUUAGGACAUUGUAGAAGAUAUAAUAUCCGUGACUGUAUGCUUCUAAACAUUUUAUUACAUGAAUUCACAAAGAUAUCCAGUGUGAAAUUCCCAGUGUGGUUCUGUUUUCCCAUUUGUUUUCUAAGAAGCCCCUGCGGCCUGUGUGAGAACAGUCAUGUUCACUGUUAACGUGUGACACUUAAACUAUGUGUGACUAGUCACAUUUCAGUCUUGCCGCCCUCAGUCAACACAUUAUGAUGCCUGGCAAAUAAACAACGAAUUGCAUAUUAUAUCUUAUAUACUCUGGCAUGCACUGACAAAUUACUUUAUAGUAGGGAAGGCAAAGAUAAAAAGGCAGAUGACCAUUUUUAGGUUAUUCAGGGAGAAGAACUGUAUAAUUCAUGGUCACUGAUUUAACAUACACCUCCUGUUUCUUGUCUGUCCAUACUAUCCCGAAGGCUUUUGUUUUUAUGUGCUAUAAAUGUACAAAAUAAACUCUAAAAAACCUUGACCAUUUGAAUAUAAAUCAUGUAGUUCUUGUAUCAUGUUGUAAAUAAACAAUCACAAUAUUACUGUGUUUACAACACUCUAUUGAAUGUGAAGUACCAAAUAAAUAAUUCAGCCAGAAAUCUAAAUUUGAUGAAAGUGACCCUCGGGCCAGCCAAAAUGUAGAUGAGUUUGUUUCUUCAUCUGAACAGAUUUGGACCCUCUGCAGUGCAUUAUGGACUUCAAACGCCUUGAUGUAUUAGUUUCAUAUAAACAUGGACUCCUAUUUUGGUUAAAUUGCACUAAUGAUGGAUUAAUUUCAGACAAACACACAGCUUUUUACAUCACGAGACAUUAAUUGAUGAACCGGAGUCAUGUGGAUUACUUGUGGAUUACUGUAAUGUUUUUAUGAGCUGUUUGGACUCCGACGGCACCCAUUCACUGCCGAGGAUGGCGAGGAGCUGGUUUCUCCAAAUAUGUUCCAAUAAAGAAACAA